CACAUUCACACAUUCGAGGUUAUAAAUAUUCUCUAGACAGUUUUUUCUUCCUCAUCCGUCAUCCAUUCUUCCAUUAUCAGUCGUUAAAUUCCAGAACACUCUAUUCCGUUCCAUUAUCUUUCACAAAUUAAAUAUCAAAUUUACCCCUUUAAUGGCGGCAAAAUACGAGGUAGAGGUAACUUUAACAUCAGCCAAAGAUCUCAAAAACGUUAACUGGCGUCACGGUCCAAAUAAGCCGUACGCCGUUAUCUGGGUCGAUCCAGAUCGGAAAGUUUCAAGCCGGGUCGACGAAGAAGGGGACACGUGUCCACAAUGGAAUCAAACACUUGUAAUCCCUCUUGACCGUCCGAUCGAGGACGCAACCCUCCAUAUUGAUAUUGUUCACGCGUACGCCGCUGAAGAUACCAAGCCGUUAAUCGGCUCGGCUAAAAUUCCAUUACGCGAGGUUGUUGACGAUGUAGGAAUCGGAAGCCGUGCAAGCCGUAGUCUCAAGCUGAAGCGUCCUUCAGGUAGGCCCCACGGUAAGCUUGAAGUUGAGGUAGCCGUUAAACAGCCGAGGUAUCACGCGCCUGAGCCGUAUAACGCGCCGCCUUAUGGAGUUAGUAGAGAUGCUGGUUAUGGCGCCGCGCCGUAUGCAGCUCCACCGGCUGGGUAUCCGGCUUAUUUGGCUCCGCCUCCUGGGGGAUACCCAUAUGGCCAACCCACUUACGCCCAGCCCAGUUAUGCCCCGCCCAGUUAUGCACAGGCCGGAUAUGGGCAACCGGGUGGGUAUGGAUAUGGGCAAGGGGGUCCAGUAAUGGAGGAAAAGAAGAAGAGUAAAUUUGGAGCGAUGGGGACAGGAUUGGCUGUGGGUGCGGUUGCAGGGGCGUUGGGUGGACUCGCGUUGGCUGAAGGGUUUGAUCAAUUAGAAGAUCAUAUUGCUGAUGAGGCUGCAGAGAGAGUCGAGAAUGAUCUUGCUGAUGGAGGGUAUGAUGAUGGUGAUGAUGGAUGGUAGAUUGUACCUAAUUAAUCAAUUGGAAUAAAUUAAAGCUGCUUAAUAUUAAUAUAUCUUAUUAUUUUGAAUUAUUUUUCAUCAAAAUAAUAUAAUUAAUUCUGGAGAAUCUUUGUAACUUGAUAGGUGUAAGGUGUUCAAUUAUUUGAGAAAUGAAAAUUGAUUUUCUGUUGAA